GUGCACGUUCUCCAGGAGAACGGUGGCGGAUUUCAGCUGCUGCUGUACCAUACCAGUUGCACAUUAUAUUUGAUGGGUGGCACAUUAGGUUGUAGUGGUGGACAACAAGCGCAAUAUAUAAACAUGAUACUCAUCUUCAGUCAACAACAGAAUGGCCAACGAACGCAUGUGGUGCAAUACCCCGCCGGCCGUCCAUCGGCCUCACUCCGUCAGUCCCCAUCACCUCCUUCUAGUCACUGCGCUUCGCGUUCCAAGUUCUCCAUCGACAGCCUUCUUUCUCACAAACGAGACGAGGAUAUCCCUGACCUAAGGCCACCGACAACGCUACCGAACUCCGCAAGCAUACAACGAGCUCCCCAGAUGAUUCAGGGCUGUCUUCGGCCGACCCCAGUUGUAGCCGCUGCUCAUUCUGCCGUAUCCCUACAUCAUCCUGCUAUGAGCCCGGGUAUGCCCGGAGAUUAUGUGUCCUCCUUAGAACAUUCGCCGGGCCACAUGAUCACGUCGCAGCAUGGUACACCUGCCGGGACGUUCUCGACGACACCAGGAAUGGGAGGAUGGCUAGGCAGGCCACUGUUCUUCACGUUAGCAGAGCUUUGUGGAAUUGCAGCUCCGAAACCUUCUGGAAGGCGGCCCAGGAAGCCAGGUGUAGAAAGGAAACCUCGACAAGCCUACAGCGCCAAACAGCUCGAAAGGCUCGAAUCGGAGUUCAAGGUCGACAAGUACCUGAGCGUAAGCAAGAGAAUGGAACUAUCCUCUGCACUGAACCUCACGGAGGUGCAGAUCAAGACGUGGUUUCAGAACAGAAGGACAAAAUGGAAGAAACAGAUGACAGCUCGGAUGAAGCUGGCUCAACGGCAAGGCUUGUGGCCACCUCAUUAUCUCGCAUCUGGUCCCACGUUCAACCCAUUCCUCGGGCCAGGAUUCCUUGCCAGCGGUCCACCAUGUGAUCAGCGAUCCAUGGUGUUAGGUGCGAACCCUUCUAGCCCCGUGUCAUCCUCACCGCAGACCAGAGAUGAUGAGGACAGUUCGUCUGGUGAUAGAAAGUAGCCUGCGCCUCUCUUCAAUGAGACUGUUUGAACUGUGAUCAUGAACAAGCGUAGUUGUGGUGCACCGAUUGUGGAAACGCUGAACUAUAGUAAAUGAGGUAUACGCUUCAGAUGGUACACACGACUACACGUGGCAAUGCGUGUUGUGUAGGAAAUACAUAGUAUGGAAGAUAUGAUUGGCACAUAACGCCUAAUGGCGUAUUUAAACAAGCUGGACGCGAGCGAAUGACCACAGCGCGCAGCACUUCUCAUUGACGUAAGUGCCGAGCGGCGAAGGCAAUUUGAAAAUUAUAAAUUUAAUCAAACACAAAUAGAAUCAAAUAUCUGUGUAGAACAUGCGCAAUAUUACUGUACAGUCCCUGCCUAAAAUGUAUAAGGAAUAUAGAAAUGUUUCAUAUUGACAAAAUAACGUGUAUGACGUGUAAAAUAUGACGCAUAAUGCUGUAAAUAAUCG